AGAAUCACCGGAAGUGUUGAUGAGCUCAACAACAACAACUUAUCAGCAAAUGAAAACAACAAGAGAAAACAGUCCCGAAGGCUCUGAAGUCACAAUGGAUGAUGUGAAAAAUCUUAUUAAGAAGAAAGACGAAAUUGAGGAACAAAUAAAAGCUUAUUACGACGUGUUAGAAGACCAGGGUGUUGGCGUUGAAGGUCCCCUGGUUGACGAAGAGGGUUACCCCCGAGCAGAUGUCAAUUUGUACCAGAUCAGGACAGCAAGACAUAACAUUUCAUGUCUGCAGAAUGAUCACAAAGCCAUCAUGGCAGAGAUAGAAGAAGCCCUGCACAAGCUGCACGCUCGAGAUAAAGCCAAGCGGGAGCAGGAUGCGACUGAAGCCCAGGAGGCCAUGGAGCAGCAGAUCACCCUACCUCCUCCCUUCGCACGAGUGGACGCCGUGACCGAAGGCUCGCCUGCCUCUGGAGCUGGUCUAAGAGUAGGAGAUGAAAUCAUCGAAUUUGGUUCUGUAAACACAGGAAACUUUCAGAACCUCCAGAACAUUGCAUCUGUGGUGCAGCACAGUGAAGGGAAACCUUUACGUGUGGGAGUGAUCAGGGCUGGUCAAAAAGUUCAGAUGAAUCUGACGCCACAGAGGUGGUCAGGCAGAGGUCUGCUGGGAUGCAACAUUGUUCCAGUUCAGCGAUAACCCACAGAACCCUGUCAUAUUUAAGUUUAAGAAUCUCAUCUUUGACUUAUCUUUCCUGAGUGGUUUUACACUGACUUUAUAUUWACUGCAGAAAUAUUGAUACUUUUUUCAUUAAACUUUAAACUUUUCCUCCAUUUGAAAACUGCCCUAAGGAUCGACUAUAGAAAAGUAAAGUGUUUUAGUCCGGCUGACUCCACUGAACGAGAGAAGUGGGAUGCUGAGUCCAAGUUAAAUUUCUCUGAGAAGCAACGUGGAGGAACUCCACCAGAGUCACURCAGUUUGUUUGAAAAUGUUUCUUCUUGUGUUUGCAGUUAUUUUCUUUGGUUGAAUAAAGGAUAUUCAUGCCUAAAACGUA